GUAUGGCGGCAGUCUCACGCCUGCGCUGUAGCCGCUUGGUUGUUGUCGGGUUUGUCGUUUCGGCAGCACGCUCGGAAGAGGCAGCAGCAUGUCGCGGGUGUAUAUCGGAAGGUUGAGCUACAGAGCCAGAGAGAAGGACGUAGAGAGGUUCUUUAAAGGCUACGGGAAGAUACUCGAAGUCGACUUGAAAAACGGGUAUGGGUUCGUUGAAUUCGAUGACCCCCGUGAUGCUGAUGAUGCAGUAUAUGACCUAAACGGCAAAGAGCUGUGUGGAGAGAGGGUCAUUGUGGAGCACACCAGGGGACCACGUCGUGAUGGAGGCUAUGGUGGUGGUGGUGGUGGAGGAGGAGGUGGUGGAGGAGGUGGAGGAGGAGGAGGAGGGCGGAGUGGAUAUGGACGCUGGGGAGGAAGAGACAGAUAUGGUCCACCUAUACGGACAGAUUAUCGGCUUAUUGUUGAGAAUCUUUCCAGCCGCUGUAGCUGGCAAGACUUAAAGGACUACAUGAGGCAGGCGGGUGAAGUGACUUACGCUGACACCCACAAGGGCCGGAAGAAUGAGGGGGUGAUCGAGUUCAGGCUCUACUCUGAUAUGAAGAGGGCCCUGGAGAAGCUCGACGGCACAGAGGUGAACGGCAGAAAGAUCCGGCUCAUUGAGGACCGUCCUGGUGCCAGGCGCCGCCGCUCGUAUUCUCGUAGCCGCAGCCGUUCCAGGUCUCGCUCCAGGAGCCGCAGGUCUCGUAAGAGCCGCAGCCGCAGUGAGAGCAGCAGUCGCAGCCGCUCCCGCUCCAGAGCUGCUUCUCGCUCCCGCAGCCGAUCUCGUAGCAAGAAGAAUAAGGGAAAGGGCAAGAAGGAGGAGGAGGAGCGCAGCAACGGCGCUCAGAAGAACAAGGAUCGCAGCCGGAGCCGCAGCCCCAAGAGUAAAAAGAGCAAGAAAGAAGGGAAAAAGGGCAAGAAGGGGGAGUCCAGGUCCAGGUCUCGCUCUCGUUCUCGCUCCAGGUCUCGCUCUAGAUCUCGUUCUGCAUCUGGAGCUAAAGAUCAGUCAAGGAAAUCUGUCUCAAAGGGCCGGGAGGAGCCCAAGAGCGAUGACGAGGGCGGCGAGCCUGAGCGAGGCUCACGCUCUCGUUCUCGUUCCCAUUCUCAGUCUCCUGAGGAGUCCAAAUCCAGAGCCAGGUCUAAAUCAAAGUCCAAAUCCCGUUCCCCCUCACCUGCCAAAGCCCGCUCCCGUUCCCGCUCCGCCUCCAGAUCGGAGUCCCGCUCUAAAUCCCGCUCCCAGUCUCGUUCUCGUUCCCGUUCCCGCUCUUAGUUCAGAUUUUGGACUGUUUGUCACAAGCCCUCCUCCCAGUGUCUCCCUCCUGCCCUCCAUUUACAUUCCCCGUGCCCGACAACACUAUCCUCACCUCCUGUUUUUUGAUAAGUAGCUGUAGAAUACCAGGCGCUCAUGCUCGAUGUCUCUUAUGCACAUGCUACUCCAUUUCAUUUGCCCUUUACCAACAUACGUUUUCAUUAGUGGUGUUUGUAACAAUAACAACAGGGUGCAAUGUCAGUUUUAUAAGUUCAAGCGAAGGUAUGGUAUUUGUCUUAGCCUUUUUUAAUCAAAUGUAGAAGCAUACUGUUUUUGUCGAUAUGCUGGUUGGGAACACCUUCCCCACUUUUGUGAAAUCCUUGUAAUCUUUGUUUCACAUUAAAAAAAAAAAAAAAGCUUGUUCUGGACUUGUUAGUCAUGUUUAUGUUGGUAAUAAAUUCGGUGUGUGAGGGAAGCA